AUGGCUUCGUCUUCAUCAUCUAAAGAUAUAUUUAUACAAAAUUCAGAACAAAAAAAUGAUCAAUCUCAAUUGAAAAUGAAUUUUGAUCAUCCUUUACCAAAUCAAUUAUCAUCAUCAACUACUCGUAUAUUUGUUCCGAGACCAUUUUAUCGAUCACAAAUUACACCUGAUCCAUUUGAUUAUUCAAAUAAUAAUCAACAAUAUCUUCAAAAUCGAAUUCAACGUCGAUUUUCAACAAAUCAAAUAAAUGAUUCUCCACUUUCAAAUUCAUAUUUAUCUGAACAAGAACGAUCUUCACCAACAAUUUUAAUGCAUCCACAUUAUUAUCAACAAUAUCGAUCAACACCUAAUAAUAAUCGUGCUUUGAUUAGUGUUAGUUCAACGAAAUCGCCAUUAAUUACAAUAGCUUCAGGUGGUUCACCAAGUCGAUCUGAAUUUCGUGUAUCAUCAUCACCAAUAGCAAAUAAAUCAACAUUACGUGAAAUUCGUAUAUCUCGACCAGAUUCACCGUCUAUAUCAAUUAAUCGUACUGGUACAAAUCAACCAAUAACAUUUACUAGUAAUACAAAUGGUCGAAUGAUUCCUAAUGGAAAUGAUGAUGGUGCUUUUCAUAUAUCAGUUGAACCACCAAUAAAUACAAUUCAACAUGAUAGUAGAACAAGACAAACAUCACCCCCAUUUCAUCAAAUUGAAAUGCGUCGUGAUUCUGGUGAUAAUCUAUAUAAAUCAAAUAUUAUUACAAAUCCUUUUAAAUCAUCAAUAGCUUAUCCUGGUCCAAAAAAUAAUACAUUUGAUUAUUCUUCAACUAAUGCAAAUUUACCACCAACAUCAAAUUCAAAUUCAUUAUCAAUACGUAAUGGAAAUUUAAUAAAAAAAGAACAAACUGAAGUUGAUAAUUUAACUAAAUUUUUAAUGAAAAGUAUGAAUGCAUCAAAUGAACCAAAUUUUUUUGGUAUGUGUGCUCGAUGUAAUAUUGAAAUUAUUGGAGAAGAAAAUGGAUUAAUAGCUAUGGAUCGAAUGUAUCAUGUAUCAUGUUUUACAUGUACUAUGUGUGGAUGUCGUUUACGUGGUAUGCAUUUUUAUUCAAUGGAAAAUAAACCUUAUUGUGAAUCAUGUUAUGUUAAUUCAUUAGAAAAAUGUGUGUCUUGUGGUUUACCUAUUACGGAUCGAAUUCUUCGUGCAACAGGUAAACCAUAUCAUGCUCAAUGUUUUUCUUGUAUGACUUGUCAAAAAUGUCUUGAUGGUAUACCAUUUACUGUUGAUGCUACUAUGCAAAUACAUUGUAUUGAUUGUUUUCAUGAAAAAUUUGCACCACGUUGUUAUGUAUGUCAUCGACCAAUAUUACCAGCAUCUGGUGAAGAAGAAACAAUUCGUAUAAUUGCAUUUGAUCGAAGUUAUCAUAUUGAUUGUUAUCGAUGUGAAAAUUGUAAUAUACAAUUCUCAACAGAAGAAGGUUGUUAUCCAAUAGAUGAUCAUGUUUUUUGUUUACAAUGUAAUCGAAAAUAUUUAAUAUCAAUACUUGGUCAUUCUUAA